GGCCAGAGGAGAGAUGUCGCAACCGCCUCCCUCCCUCUUUCCCCGCCUAGGCGCUCAGUCACCUCCCAGAUGAGCGCACUCGCAGACGGCUGCGGGGCCGUGGGGAGCCGGGCAUGUCCCCUGAGGGCGCGCAGACGGCGGGCACUGGGCCGGCGCGCAGCCUGGAGAGGGCCAACCGCACCCGCUUCCCUUUCUUCUCCGAUGUCAAGGGCGACCACCGGCUGGUGCUGAGCGCCGUGGAGACCGUGGUGCUGGCACUCAUCUUUGCGGUGUCGCUGCUGGGCAACGUGAGCGCCUUGGUGCUGGUGGCGCGCCGACGGCGCCGAGGCACCACCGUCAGCCUGGUGCUCAACCUUUUCUGCGCGGACUUGCUCUUCACUAGCGCCAUCCCUCCUGUGCUGGCGGUGCGUUGGACCGAAGCCUGGCUGCUGGGCCCGGUCGCCUGCCACCUGCUCUUCUACGUGAUGACCCUGAGCGGCAGCGUCACCAUCCUUACGCUGGCGGCCGUCAGCCUGGAGCGCAUGGUGUGCAUCGUCCGCCUGCAGCGCGGCGUGCGGGGCCCAGGGCGGCGGGCGCGGGCGGUGCUGCUCGCGCUCAUCUGGGGCUACUCGGCGCUCGCCGCGCUGCCCCUCUGCCUCUUCUUCCGCGUGGUCCCUCAGCGGUUCACCGGGGCCGACCAGGAGAUUCUGAUUUGCACACUGGUUUGGCCCAGCGUUGCCGGAGAAAUCUCCUGGGAUGUGUCAUUUGUGACUUUGAACUUUCUGGUCCCGGGACUACUUAUUGUGAUCAGCUACUCCAAAAUUUUACAGAUCACGAAGGCAUCGAGGAAGAGGCUGACGAUGAGCCUGGCGUACUCGGAGAGCCACCAGAUCCGCGUGUCGCAGCAGGACUUCCGGCUCUUCCGCACCCUCUUCCUGCUCAUGAUCUCCUUCUUCAUCAUGUGGAGCCCCAUCAUCAUCACCAUCCUCCUCAUCCUCAUCCAGAACUUCCAGCAGAACCUGGUCAUCUGGCCAUCCCUCUUCUUCUGGGUGGUGGCCUUCACGUUCGCCAACUCAGCCGUCAACCCCAUUCUCUACAACUUGUCACUGUUCAGGAACGAAUGGAGGAAAAUUUUCCACUGCUGCUUCUUCCCAGAAAAGGGAGCCAUGUUUACAGACACGUCUGUCAGAAGAAAUGAUCUGUCUGUUAUUUCCAGCUAGUUACUGUUUCUCUAUAGGCAUGUAUUUGUCGCUUUCUGACAAGUCGUGGUGUGUUUUCAAAGGGAGUUAAUUUCCGGACCAUUGCACCAGUGUAUCUGCUUUAAGAAAAUGUAACCUAUGCAAAUACUUAUUUACAGCACCAGUAAAUUAAGGGGUGAUCAUUCAGAAUUACAAUUUUAUCCUUCAUAAAAGGAUUUGCUGGGGAUUCUUUCCAAUACGAACUUUUUCAGUGUAUUAGUAAUAGGAUUGAAUUUAAUAAAUUUUUAUUUAUAACUGUUCAGCAAUCUCAUCUCCUACGUAAAAGCCACACCUUACUGGUUUCUGAAGUGAGUCUUGGAACAGAUCCAGGACCCAGAUUUCUCCUCUGAAGCCUCAUGGCCCCUCUAGCUCCCCACCCUAGACUUGCAAGGCCGCAGGAUCAUUCAUUAAUGUCAAGAGUGCAUGAAGAAUUUCCAAGGAACACUUCAAGGUGACUUUAUUUUUCAUUUAUAAAGAAAUGCCAUGGACCCCUUCAGGGGAAGCCUUGUCAUGAAAUCAGAGAGGAGACAGGAUGACUCGAAACAUUUGAAAGUGAGAACACGAGAGAGUCCUGUCAUUGACCCACUUGUCAGAUGCCUCUUAAACGCGUGCUGUGGCUGGUGCUCUUGGUGCUGGGAAAGCAGCAGUGAACCGGACAGCUGUGACUCUGCCCUCAUGGAGCUCAUUUCCCUUCUAGAUGGGAGCAGAGAAACACCAAACACAAGUCAGGAGAUAAUACAGUAUUACAGAGUGAGUUAACAUCGUGAAGAAAAUAGGACAGUGAUGGCAAUGUAGGUGGGGUGUUGAGGGGUCUGGGAUGACCUUUCUGAGCAUGAUGUUUGGGCCAAAAGGUAAACCAUGAGAAAGAGCCAGCUGUGUGAACUCAGGGCAAUGGGACUUUGCAGAUGGAGUGGAUGCUGUGGCUGGAACAAAGAGGCUGGUGUACUUGUGGGACAGAAAGAAGACUGGUGGAAACGAAGUGAACUGUUUUUCCUUCCAGUUAUUGUAUUCUUCAUCUCUGUUUGGUUGCUCUUUAUAUUUUGUAACUCUUUGUUAAGGACUUCUAACUUCUCGCUCUGUGCAUGCAUUCUCCUCCCAAGUUCUUUGUUCAUCUUUAUGAUCAUUACUCUGAACUCUUUCUCAGGUAGAUUGCCUAUCUUCACAUCACUCAGUCCUUCUUCUGGGAUUUUUAUCUUGUUCCUUUGUCUGGAACAUAUUCCUCUGCCACCUCAUUUGGUCUAAAUCUCUAUUUGGAUUUUUAUGUAGGUGGUAGCUUUGAGGUACGUUUCUUGACCUUGGAGAAGUGGCCCUCCGUAGGGCCACUAUAUGUCCCAGCAGUGCAAUCCCCUCUCAUCACCCAAAAGCCAGGGGCCAGCUGGUCCCAGGGUAGGGUCCGGCGUGAGUUUGCAGACUUGUUCUGCAAGCUGCGGGAUCAUAGUUUUCUUGCUUCUGGCGCCUGCCCACUAGUGAGUGGAGCUGGGUCCUGACCCUGUGGAGGGCAGGGCUGUAUCUGGGGAUAUGUCUAGAGGUGGCUAUGGUCUCAGGAAGUCUUUAGGCAGUCUGUUUGCUGAUGGGUGGUGAUGUGUCCCCACCUAGUUAGUUGUUUGACCUGAGGCAUCCCAGCUCUGGAACCUAUAGGUUGCUGGGUGGGGCCAGGUCUUGGUGCUAAUAACCCAAGCAGGAUGUCAGCCUCCAGGAAGGAGAAUUCGUGCAGAUGAGUACUCCCCAGUCUGUCUGCCAUCAUGUCUACGUGUAACCAAGCAGGACCCUAUGGGGCCUUCUCGGGUAGACUUCUCCCCCAUACCCUCUGCUGCUGCUCUUCUCUGAAGUACCUGGAUAAUAGUAUCUCAUGCGUCUUUCCUUAGUCUUUCACUGGAAGAAUUUAACUACUUGAUGAUCAUGAGCACGUAGCGCCCAGACCUUCUGGUGCCUGAUUGAGCACCAUCAACCAAUCAGACAGUCAUGCACAGCUGUUCACAAACCCUGGGCCGCCCCUCCCUCAGCCGGUCUUAAAAAAAAAAAAACAACUCAGCUGAAACCCUUCAGGGUCUUCAGGGUUUUGGGCACGAGCCUCUCGUUCUCCUUGCUCGGCCCUGCAAUAAACCUCUCUCUGCUCCAAACUCCGAUGUUUCGGUUUGUUUGGCCUCACUGUGCGUUAGGCACAUGAACUUGUGUUCAGUAAAGUGUGUCCCCAGGGCGAGCCACAGCUGCACCACCACCACCCCGCCUCCCCAGGAGACCCUCCAAGACCAGCAGGUAAGGCUGCCCAGGCUCCUAUGAAAUUACUGCUUUUGCUCUUGUUCCCAGUGAGCGUGAGCGUUUGUGUGUGUCCUUUAAGAGUGAAAUCUCUAUUUCCCCAGUCCUGUGGAGCUCCUGCAAUUAAGCCCCACUGGCCUUCAAAGCCAAAUACUCUAGGGGCUCCUCUUCCUGGUGCCGGACCCCCAGACUGGACAGUCUGAUGUGGGGCUCAGAACUCUCACUUCAGUGGGAGAACUGCAAUUCUCUAGUUUGUGGGCUGCCCACCUGGGGGGUAUGGGCUUUGAUUACAUAGCGAGUCUGACCCUCCCUACCCAUCUCAUUGUGGCCUCUUUUUUAUGUCUUUAGUUGUGGAAGAUCUGUUCUGGUAGGUUCCAGUCUUUUUAACUGAUGGUUGUUCUGCAAUUAGUUGUGAUCUUGGUGUGUCCAUGAGAGGAGGUGAGUUCCACCUCCUUCUGCUCCGCCGUCUUGGCUGCCUUCCGACAAAGUGAACUAUUGACUGAGCCUCCACUAUGCCAAGCACUGUCCUUGAUGCCGAGACAGAAGGAUGCUCUGCUGGAGCCCAUCAGUUGAGACCAGGGAAAUUCCAGGGCUGGAUUUCCCACGGUGUGGGAAACCAACAUAGAAGUUUAUUCUGUGUUCAAUGGGCAGCCACUGGAGAUAUGCAGUUGGAGACUGAUGUGACCUGCUAUAUGUUUUUAAAUAUUACUCAGGCAGCUGUGCAGGAAAUGAACUUUGAGGAGCAAGAACAAAGAUGAAGACAAGUUAGGUGGCUGCUGAAGUAGAUAUAAAAGAUGGGGAAGCCGGAGGUGGGUGGCAUCAAUGAGGGUUGUGAGAAAUGAUCUUGGUACAUACUUUGGAAAAGCAGAGCAAACGUAAUUUAUUGAUGGACAGGAUGAAGAACAUGAGGGGAAGACAAGAUUCAAGGGUGACUCCUGACAGUGGUUAGACGGUAGGGCAGGCAACAAAAAUGGGGAAGACUGGGAGAGUGAGAAGUGGAAGAGCCAAGAGUUUCAUUGGGGGCAUAGACAUUUGAAGUCCCAGUGAGAUUCCAGUGGAGAGGAGGCAGCUGGAUGCAGGGACGUGGGGUGUGGGCUAAAGAUACAGUGCUGGGAGUCAUCAGAUAGUGUUUGCAGAUCCAUGGUUUUAUGAAAUAUCCCAGGGAGAAGAGAGUGAAGAAACCAGAGCCAGAGAGAACCCAGGGACAUGCCAGCAUUUAGAGGUCGGGCCAAUGGCUGGAAUGCGCAGUAGCUCAGGGCCUGGCAAAAAGUAGGUGUGUGACAAAUCUUUGUUACCGAAUAAAUAAGAGCCAUUGCUCACGGAGUUUCUUGAGCAGUUUGCUUCCGAAGUAAGACUUAUCACAAGCUUGAGGACAAGAGGACAGGGAUCUUUUGUACAUAUUUAGUUAAUAAAUUUGGUAAAUUAAAGCUACCUUUUGAAGUGACAUGUGGCUAUCUUUUGGG